GCUGUAGCGGCAUUUUCACUGUAAUAGAACUAAAAGUCACCCCUAUCUUACUUAAAUUAAAUGAGGAAGCCUUUAUUGUUGACAGCAUUAUCAAGUUAUUCCAUCCAGGUGGAUAUGUGCGAGACGUGAGGUGAUGUAAAUGAAAUCCGAUUAUAUUCUCAAUUUCUUCGUCCAAUUUAUGUAGUCAAACACGUGGUCGACGCGAUGAUGAGUCAGAAAAUGUAUAAGCGACUGCUUGGCUCUGGUGAAGGUCAGCAGAUCUUUGAAGGGGUAGAGGGGUAAGGUAAUGAUCCCAUUGGACGAAAUUUCUGCCGGACCCCAACCCCAUUCCCAUUCAGUUGGUCCAUGCAUUUCAUACUGAGCAGUUGUCUCAUGUCUCCUCGUGGUGAACAUUUUUGAUGUCUUGAGUGACGAUGGCGGAAACAAACGAAAAACGCCGAGUGGUCGAAGUCACGGUGGUUCGUGGCACCCGGAUUAAUAGUCUUCGUUACAACACCGCAUGUGGCUACAUAUUCUAUAAAAAGGAACAAAGAGGGAAUGUCCUCAGAUUAGAGUGUUAUAAACGUAAACUGGGCUGCCCAUGUACAAUCGCAUCGCGUGACGGCAUAUACGUGCAAACCGGUGAACACAACCACGAUACCGAAAUCAUGGAACAGAGACGAGCGGCAAUGAUACGUGAGUGUGAAAUUAUAGCCGGUGAUCCCCGAAUGGGUCGAUUGGGACCUAAAGCAAUCGUGGCUGAAGCUCAAAGUAGGCAUCCGAAAGCUAAAAUUGUGUUGAAUUCGGCGGUGGAAAGAAGAAUCCAACGAGCGCGUGAGCAUGCUGCUCGUCGUUCACCUGAGCGCCCUCGAACUCCUGAAACACCUCCAGUACAGCCACAAACUCUGGAAACACCUCCACUACAGGCAGAAUAUCCGCAAGCACAUCCGAGGUGGCAAGAAACUUCUCCUAUGCGCGAGGCGACUCCUAUUCCAUUCCGGACUGCCAUUGAACAUCCGGAAGCCAUUUUUGGAAAACGAAUGAUGGUCGCUCACCAUGCUGAUGAAGGAAAUAACUCAGACGAACGUGUUGGACGGGAAGUUGAUCUCUUAAUUGAGGAAAUUAACAGCCAUGUAAAAAGGGCUUCAGCCAGGAACCCAUCCCCUAAAAAAGAAUUGGAACACCUACACCAAAUUAUUGCAACACCAACAGAUGGUGAAACGUUUCAUUAAUUCAGUGUAAUUUGUUUAUUUAUCAUAGUGAUUUUAUGUGAUACCAAGCCAGAAAGAAGCCAUCUUAGAUAUAGAGGAUUCGAGAGGAUUGAAAUAUAAAUACAGGGGACAUGUUGAACUAGAAAACUGUCUCUAUCUCAACUUUAAUUGGAAGGUCUCAUUAACUCAGAUAUUUUAUUAUGCAAUGCAAAAUUUGUCCACUAUGUAAUGUGUACUUGUGUAUGAUUCAGAUUUAUAAAUUAAACUAGAUUUUGUAAACCAAA